AUGGCUGGCGGUGAUGAUGAACAACCAAAACAACCUCCUCCUCCUACCUCUAAUGACUACCACCCAGCUAACGCCAUUAGCAACGUCAAGAACGAAGUUCCCGAAAUUCUUGAUCGUGACAAAGGGAAUUAUGGUAGUUGGGUUGAGCUUUUCGAGAUUCAUUGUCAUUCUUGCAAUGUUAUCGACCAUAUAAAUCCUAAAUCUCCUCGUCCUACGGACCUCACAACGGUGCAGUGGAACCGCCUUGACUCGAUUGUGAAAAAGUGGAUCUAUAAUACAAUUUCUGCAGAUUUAAGAAGCACCUUGGAGGGACAAAAGAGAGAUGCUUUCCAUCAGUCAAAAGCAGAUACCGUCCCCCAUGCUCUUAAGGUUCGCUUACCGAGGAAUAUAAAGGACCUGGGACCUCCGCAAGUUUGGUUGGUGUAUAGAGCCGUAAGCGCGGUGGGGGAUGACAGAGGUCGUGCUCGUACGACUAAUGAUGGAGUGGCUCAAUCCGUCACUCAGAUUCGGCCUCUUCCGGGAUUUGAUGAAGCAAGAUCAAGAAUUUUGUUAGAAGAGUCUCAAAAAUCUGCAAAAGACUACUUCGGACAAGCGUUUGUUACGCAAACGAACAACACCACCAUCACCACCGCGACAACCACCCAACAGCAGCAAGGCAGGGUUGGUGAUGGCAGUGGACGUGGAAACAAAGGGCGAGGUGGCAAACCUAAGGGAAAAGGCAGAGGGCGUGGUCAAUCCCAUUAA